AUGUGGUUGAUAAUUAUACUUUAUACAUUAUUUCUAUACGUUAUUUAUCGUCUCAUCAAAUUCUGGAUCAUUAAUCCAUGGCGAGUUCAACAAGAUUUUUUCAAUCAAGGAAUUCCUGGACGAUAUACGCCUAUAGUUGGUGAUGUGUUACGUCAUCGUCGAGCUUAUCUCGCUGAUAGGCCAUUCAGUUAUGUGGAAGAGACAAGUGCUGAAUUUGGUGACUACUAUCAUACAUCAUUUGGUCCAUUUCCUUGUCUGAAUAUAAGUGACCCAGUACUAAUCGAAAGUAUUUUAAAAACAAAUACUCGAUUCUACCACAAAUCUGAACUUGCCAGAGCAAUCGCUGCAACCGUACUCGGCUAUGAAAAUAUUGUAUUGGUCGAAGAUGAAAAUCAUACAAGACAUCGACGAUUACUUAAUCCAAUUUUUCAACAACAAAAUGUCAAUUCAAUGAUACCAUUAAUGGUGGAUUUAACAUCGAGUUUUUUGACAAAAUGGCAGAUCGAUACAAAUGAGAAAACUUAUCCAUUGAUAUUAGACGUAUCGAAAGAAAUGUCAAAUCUUGCAUUGGAUAUAAUAACCGGUUGUGUAUUUGGUGUUGAAGCAAUGAAAGAUAUACAUAUUCAUGAAACAAUUUAUCAAAGUAUUAAAAUAGCGUCUGAUGAAAUAGAAAAACGAAUCCACAAUAUGAUUAUUAUUAUUCCUAUACUUAAUCAAUUACCAAUAUUAGGAAAAAGACGUAUUGAUAAGUGCAGACAAGAUAUAAAAAACAUUGUUCUACAAAUGAUAAAUCAGCGAAAACAGGGUUUAACAAAAGCAACUUGUAAAGGGCACGAUUUACUAGAUCUACUUUUGACAGCACAUGGCGACAAUAAAGAUCAAGAAUUUACCGAUAACGAGAUCUCAGAUGAAGCACUUACGUUUGUACUUGCGGGACAUGAAACAACGGCAACUUUAAUGACUUGGGUACUGUACAAUCUUGUCACAAACCCCGAUGUAUAUCAACAGUGUCAGGAUGAAGUCGACUCAGUUUUCAGUGACAAUGAGGAACUAACAACAUCGACAAUCUCACUACUAACAUAUAUGGAAGCUGUAUUGAAAGAGACGUUACGAUAUCAUCAGCCUGCACCUGUAUUAUUUAGAACAGCAACUACUGACAAUACAAUUGUAGCUAGUGAUGGUAAACAGAUUCGUAUCCGAAAAGGAACUGAUAUUGCCAUAAAUUUGAAUAUUAUGAAUAAUUCAGAAAAGUAUUGGUAUGAACCGAAAAAAUUCUACCCAUCAAGAUUUCUUGAGCGUCACUCGGGCGUAAUGUUUCCAUUUGGACUUGGACCACGUACAUGCAUUGGACAGAAUUUUGCUAUGCUAGAAGCUACCAUUAUAUUGGCAAUGGUGCUACAUCGUUUUCGUUUUGAAUUGGUACCCGGUCAAAAAGUUGUCCUAGGUACAGCAGGUGUCAUCAGACCUAAAUAUGGCUUAUCAAUGCGUAUCUGGCCACGAUAA